CACGAGAUUCUGACUCACAUUUCAGGAACAAAUAUGGUUCUCACUUCGGGAGGUUCACUCCCUCAUACCCCCCGUCAAUAAGCAAACAACAUCUACACGCUAGAACGAUAAAUUCAAAACAACUUUGCCUUCCGGAGGUUACUCAACAAAAGCAUUAUAGGACGUACCUCAAACAAACCCGAGUCGAUUAUCAUGAAGCUCGUCAUCUCCGCCAACAUCUUCCCCGCUUUUGCCAUGGGUCUCAUUCUCCUUACAAUCCACGUCUCGGCCACCACCGAGAGAGGGUUGUCAGUUGCCGCUUCCCAGAUCUCCAGCAAUUUCAACAACCCAACAGCUGUUCGCGUCUUUUCUGACCCAACUACUUGCUCUUCCGGUCGGGUUCCUAUAUAUACGAACCCGAAGGGUGGCCGUGUUGACUGUGGUGACGUCAGUGAAGGAUAUCGCGGCAAGAUUCCGGUUCCGUUCAUUGCAGUCAUACUUGUUAGCUACGUUAUGUUCGGUGUCUUCAAGGCUAUGCUUUGAAUCGUCAGGCGAGGCACUUGGAAAGGGGAGACAUGGGAAGUCAGAAAACUGGGACAUGAAUCAGCGGUUGCCAAGCAAGCUGGGAGUCAGAUGGAUAAACGUGAAGCUUGGAGAGAGGUUCGGGGGUUGAGGAGUUGAAAAAUGGCUUUGGAUGUUGAUGCGUUGGAAGGAGAGUAUGCCGUAGAUUCGUGGAUGUUUGAAAACCCCACUCAAACCGUAUGCCUCGCGUGUUUGCGACACUACUGAUAAACACCUUCAUAUUCCUUGAUGCAGC